AUGAUCACCAUGAAUGAAUUGGUGGAUUUGCGUAUGCAACAGCAUAUCGCCCAUGAAAUAUAUCGCCAACAGAUCAUGCAACGUAUACCGGAUCCCUUUCCACCCAUGAUGCACAUACCGAUGCCCCGACAUGUGAUAAUGCCACCACGAGUAACAUUACCCGGUGUCGAUGUCCAAUUGCAAAACGAUGAACUGUGGAAGCAAUUCCAUCAAAUUGGAACGGAAAUGAUUAUAACGAAAAGUGGAAGACGUAUGUUCCCAUCCAUGCGAUUGUCGUUGUCCGGUCUGGAUGAUGACACCAAUUAUUGUGUUCUACUGGAAAUGGUACCAAUUGGUGAUUGCCGCUAUAAAUUCUCUGGGUCACAGUGGGUACCAGCUGGCGGUGCCGAGCCACAGUCACCGCAACGUAUGUACUUGCAUCCGGAUAGUCCGGCCACGGGAUCACAUUGGCAGGCGCAACCGAUUCUCUUCAAUAAAGUGAAAUUGACCAACAACACAUUGGAUAAUAGCGGUCAAAUUGUUUUGGCCAGCAUGCACAAAUACCAACCGAGAAUUCAUGUUAUACGCACUUCUGAUUUGGCACAAAUACCAUGGGCUCCCCAGCAGGCUUUUGUGUUUCCUGAAACAGAAUUUGUUGCGGUCACCGCAUAUCAGAAUGAUCGCAUCACAAAAUUAAAAAUCGACAAUAAUCCCUUUGCCAAGGGCUUUCGUGAAACUGGUCAAUCGCGUUGCAAGCGUAAAAUGUCUUCAUCACCUACUGCCGAUGAGCAAUUGUUGCGGCAGCAGCAUGAAAUCAUGUCGCCAACGAAAUUAUCAUCAUCUUCCUCGUCGGGGUCUACACCACCGUCAACAGCAACGACAAUAACAACAGCCUCAUCAGCAUCCUCGGCAGCAAUCAGUGAGUCGGGAUCAUCAAUUUGUUCGGAUAAACCAGUGACGACGGCAUUCUUUAAUGAUCAUAUCAUUGUGGACAUGGAUGCUGGAGGAACAUCAGCGCAAAUUAAACGAUUACGCUCAAACGAUUUAGCCGCCAUUGCAGCAUUGGAUCCAGCGUUGCAUGGAUCAUUGGAUGCUGGUGGUUGCAUUGCAGCAUCACCGAUGUCUACGCACACCAACAACAACAAUGGCAUGGAAACCAGUUCCAACCACAGUAUGUCAUCACCACUGCCUCUGGAUUAUGUUAACAAUAGUGGCAAUAUUUUUCAACAACAAGCCGCAGCGGCAGCGGUUGCAGCAAUAGCUGCUGGCCACAAUGGUGUCGGUGGUGGUUCAACCUGUAAUGCAACAUCCGUUGCAUUUAUGCAUCAUUUCCAACAAAAUAUGCAGUCGUUGUUACGACCUUCACUGGUCGAUUUAGCAUGUUCCUAUUUUGGCCGUCCCCAGCCCAUGUAUCCGCCACAACAUGCAGACUAUGUUGCCACACAGCAACAACAACAGCAUCAAAUGCACCACCAGCAUCAUGAAUCUCUUUUGGCGGCCGGUUUGGCAGCACAGCAACAACCGAUAUUACCACCAACAGCACCUGUAGCACCACUUCUUCCGCCAUUGCCACAGAAUUUGUCUCUGACAGCCGGGGGCAGUGAUGGUGGUAGUGGAGAAUUGUUGCCAAAUCGUGUUACUGCCAUUAACUCGAAUACCACCUCCGAUUGCAUUACAAACGAUGCCGAUCUUUCCUCAUCCGAUUCAUCAUUAAUACAAGAUGAUGUGACGCUACCAACCACACCAACACCAGUGCCAACGAUGUUCGCUGGCUGUGGAGCUACUGCAGACAACGACAACACCAACAACUCAACCACCGCUGGCAGUGGUUGUGAUGGUGGUUGUCCCUCGACAAAUGAUGCAUUACCCCAAUCGCCGUCAUGCAACAGUGCCCAGUCAAAUCAUCCCGGCCAAAGCAACAACAACAACAGUACCACCAGCAAUGGCAGAAAGAAAGGCUUUAGCAUAUCGGCCAUUUUAGGUGGUGGUAGUUAG